AUGUCCGGAAAGAUUACUUUCUCACCCCCAACGCGAGUCGGUGAUGCGGAAUUGGGUAAAGAUGCUGCAGAAUCCAGGUGCGACGACGCGCCUGCACCAACCCCGCUCGAAUACACAUCCUUCACGAGUUCCCAGCGGCGGCAGCUACGACCGCUUCUCGGUUUGGCAGCCAUCACGUCACCCUUGACGGCGACCAUCUACUUCCCCAUUCUUCCUCUGCUGCGUACGCAGUUCAGCACCUCAGCGCAGGCCAUUAACUUUACAAUAACCCUUUACAUCGUCUUCCAAGCCAUUUCACCCGUCAUAUUCGGACCACUGUCUGAUGUUCAUGGCCGGCGACCCUACUUCCUGGCCACUCUGGCCCUGUACGUCAUCGGUAACCUGGGACUUGCUCUUAACAAGCGCAACUAUGUAGUUCUCUUGGUUCUGCGUGCGAUACAGAGCCUUGGAGCAAGCGCAGCAUAUGCCAUCAGUUUCGGUGUCGUUGCAGACGUCUGUGUCCCUAGCGAACGAGGACAGAUGCUAGGCCCAAUCAGCAUGGCCAUGAAUCUGGGCACUUGUAUAGGCCCAGUCGUAGGAGGUGUAGUGGCGUACACGAGUGGAAAUAUCAAUUUGGUAUUCUGGGCCCUCUUCGUUGUCGGCGGAGUCUUGCUCGUCGGCGUGGGCACGCUACUCCCCGAGACGGCUCGUAACAUGGUCGGCAAUGGCAGUAAGAAGUCUGGAUACAAGUGGUGGCAAUACAGUUGGGUCGGCCUUUUACGCAAACGAAUCAAGGUGAAAGCAACGAAAAGACUGAACGAAGGAAGCUCGACUGCAGAGUCACCCGUUGCAACCGAAUGUCAAACAACCAAGCGGAAGUACGGGUUCUUUGACUUGUUUGCCUGCUUUCGCAUCAUCUUCUACAGAGAUACCUUCCUCACCUUGUGGGUCCACGGAUCAUUUUACAUUGUAGAUUAUACCUUCGUUGCAGCGGGUCCAGACAUCUACAAAGAUAUAUAUCAUUGGAAUGAGCUUUACAUUGGCCUAUCGUAUCUACCGCGUGGCAUUGGUACCAUCGCCGGGGCCUACUUUACCGGAAAGAUGAUGGAUCACAAUUAUCGUGCCAUUGCUCGCAGCAUCGGCUGGACCAUCGACAAGGUAUCUGGUGAUGACCUUCUGAAGUUUCCAAUCGAGCGUGCAAGGACAAGGUACAGCUACGUCAUGCUGAUAAUAUCGGUCGCGACAACGAUCGGCUAUGGAUGGAGUGUCCAAUAUCACGCCCAUCCGGCUGUUCCAUUGAUCUUACAGUUCUUGCAAGGAUUCUGGGGUUGCUACGGCUACACGACAUUCAGCACCUUGCUAGUGGAUUCUUUCCCUCAAAGUCCAAGCACAGCUGCAGCUGCUACGAGCAUUACCCGCUGCGCCAUGGCCGCGACGGGAGUUGCGGUUUUACAGCCAUUGCUGAACGCAGCUGGUCGAGGAUGGUAUUUCACAGCCCUGGGCCUGUGGAGUGGUAUGCUUUCGGCAUUGUGCGUCGCCUUGCUACGAUGGAAGGGCAUGCAUUGGAGACAAGUACGCAACGGUCCCUUAUCCCACCACGCCUCCUUAGCUACUGGACCCCACAUUUUGACGGAGACGAAAUCUGGAAAGUGAGGCAUAACUGAUAUACUUCCGGGGGACCUUGUAUGAGGGCAAGAUUACAAUACAGCUUGUUUGUACUAGCAUUUUAAUUACAUUACACCAAGCUAUUCACUCUACAUAUUAUGGUCCUGCUCAGAUGAAAGAGAAGCUAUUCUAGCCUCCUGUAAUGCCGGAGGUCUCCCUUCUUAUGGGAAAGGCGCCUAUAUGUAGAUGAGGAAAGGUGUAGUAUUGUAGGCGCUGUUCGCGUGUUAGUCGUGCUUUAUUACUUCCUGCCUGACUUACACUUAGCGAAUGGCUUUGCUCUAGGCAACGUGGUUGACUAAGUAAAUGACGUUCUAUUUAACACUGUAGAAUCGAUUACGAUCGUUCUACUCCUCCUUUGGCUCGCUAGGAUCUUAGUGCUUUAGAUAGGUCUCGAGGUAAUCCUUGUUGCUGACCUGGUUGUAGUAAGGUCCCUAACCCGCCAC